UUUUCUGCCGCGAACAAUGAAGCAACAGAUUGUCGCUCCAAAAAAUUUCGACUUUUGAAUUGCGCGCGUAGAGCGAUCGUGCCGGUGCAGUUUCCAUAUUGCGCAAAAAUGCAUUCUUCAAUCUUUGCAGACACAGCUCGAGACCUCUCUGGCUCGGCCUAGAGUUUUGGAGUCGUUCAAGGCGCAUGCGUGCGUUCUCCCCCGUGUGUGUGUGUAUUUUUUUUUCGUCAAUUAGAAGUAACGGUUGCACGUUAGAAACUGGAAAAUCAACGAAGCGCGCCCGCCAGCCCGCCCGGCCCCAACGCAGAGUGCACACCAAGAUACAUUUUGUAUCUGUAAUUUGUGAAUUUUCGGUUUUCUUUAUUUCGUUUCGUUCCGUUUCGUUGUUUCGCUGUUGCUUUGCGCAACAAGUGUGUGCCUCGCCCGCCUCCAAACACGAAGCGAAGGCAAGACGAAGAAUAAUGAUCAAUUUAAUUCAAUCAGCGAUCCCAUCAACCUGCAGCGAGCCCAUCCAAACCAAACCAAACAGAUCCGAUCCCAUCCGAUCCUCGUGUGUGGCAAGUGUAGGAGAAUCUAACGAAAAAGUGGCUGCCAGUGCAAACAAAUAGAAUCGAGCAAACAGCAAAUACCAACAAUACCAACAAUACCAACGCGUUUUGUGAGCCGGUUUAGUCAUUCGCGAGUUCCGAGAAUCCCACUGGCUGGCGAAAAACGUAACUUUUCGAGAUACAUUCCCAGCCAGAACAGCUGUUGUUGGCUUUGAGCGCUGCUUACUUGUCUGCCACUUACCCUGAAGCUCCGUGUAGCCAGGUGAUAAGAUAGCUCCGCUCCGUUUAGCGAUUGGAACGAAAUACCAACAAAACGGGCCAAGAAAAAUUGCACAGUUUGCGAUGUGUCUUAAGUAAAACUCGCAGCAUUAUCUUAUCGGCUGACCAUUGAUUGGGCUUUGCCUUUUCCGCUCCAUUCGGCUCGGCAUUCGCAGGUGAAGUGAAGUGAAGUCAUUUGCGCAGCCAUAUUAGACCAGCCCGCGGACUGUGGAGUGGGGUGCUUCGACAAGGCCUUUAGUCAGCGCCAGUCUAGAUACAAUAUCUAUAUCCCAUAUCUACGGGAAUAUCUAAUGCCGCCAGUGCAAAGUGCUGCAAGGAGAAGCAACCAACAGAGAAAAAACCAUUCCCAGUGCCAGUGCCAGUGCCAGUUGCUCUGCAAUCUUUGUCUAAAUUUAGACAAAGCCAGAGCCAACCUAACCAAACGUAACCAAACCAAUCCAAACUGAAGUGAGCUGAACAAGGCCUUCUGGCCAUAUACGAUUGUAAAUCAAGUAUUUGGCCCCCAGAAGGAGAAGCGAAGCUGCGGAAGAAAGCCCCAGCAUACCAGGAUGGACAUAGAAUCGGAUUCAGACACCUCUGAGAGAUGGGAGGACUUUUUUGGUAGCACCACAGAGCUGGCACCUUCGCUGCUGGGCAUCUACGACACAUUGACGAACAGCCUGGCUGCCAGCGCGGGCGUGGCAGCUCCCACUGUGACACACGAGACCAAGAGCCAGGCACAGGCACAGGCACAGGCCCAGCUCCAGCUCAAGGCGCAGGCGCAGGCCAAGACGAACAUCAGCAGUGGCGAAUCGACGCCCAAGAGGAGCAACAGCAGCAGCAGCAACAGCUCCACAUCGAGCGGCACGAGUGUCUCCACCAGCGAUGAUCAGUCGGCCAGCUACUCGCUAACUGCCUCCAGCUCUCAGCUUGCAGCCAGCGUCCGUGCCCCGCCCCUGGUGGUGGCUGGUCUGCGGGACGAACCGGAUGGGGCACAGCUGAGCCGCCUGGUGCAUCGGCGACAGGAGCUAGGCAGCAGCAACAGCAGCCUCGCCUCGAGCGGCAGCCGACGCGGCAACAACAUUCGCAUCCUCUCGGCCAACGUGCACCGCAUCAUCACGCACUCGGACGCCGAGCCCGUGGAUGCCAUUGACAUUGAGGCACUGCAGCAGCCGCAGCCUCAGCAGUCGCAAUCAUCCCCGCAGCUAUCCCAAAGGAGUCCCACGCAGGGACGCUACGUCAAGACGAGCAGCAGCAGUGGAGGAGGCCAUCCGCCAGUGGCCACGUCCACGUCCAAGCCCAAGCUGAAGCUUUCGCACAUCCCCCUGUCCAAGAACACGGGCAAGCUGUUCACGCAAGGGGGCCACGAACUGGAGCCCACCUUCGGCGCCAGCAACGAGUACGUCAACUCCCUGACCUUUGCCGCCUCGGAGAAGGCGCGAAAACCACAUCCGGCGACACCGUCGGACGACGACAGAACCCCCACGAACAAGAGCGUCCCCGGAACCCCGUUCCACUUUGAUGGAAAUCCCUUUUCGCCGCGCAAACUGACGCUUCCCCGCUACGAGUCCCAGCAGAGCAUCAAGCUGAUCGAGAUGGAGCAGCUCGCGGCCACCAGUGUACAGCUGCAGCACGCCCGUCCAGCCACCCCAGGCACACCAGCCACCCCCUCCACCCCCUCAACCCCCUCCACGCCGGCCGCCCCUCUGCGGCCCAAGGAGUUUGUGUGCAGCGAGCCCCUGAGCCCCAUGGAGCUGGUGGACACCAUUAACUUUGACCUGGUCGCCCAGCACAUCGAGCGUCUCACUCUGGCCGAUUUGGGGGUCAACGCGGGGCCGAAUGCGGAGCUGAUCGAGGCCGUUAACAAGCCUCUGAUCAGCAAGCCGCUGGUGAGAAGCUCCUCGGCCGCCUGUGCAUCAACGAUCACCAGCUCCCCGCUGCUGACCUACGCCCGCACCAAGAGCCUCAGUGCCAAGGCCUCGACCCUGGGCGCGGGAGUGCCCCUGAAGCUGCCCACGGCCGAGCAGCUGGCGGAGCUGGAGGAGGCCAACAAGCUGUCGGCGGAGAGCUUGGACCGCCUCACGGACAUCAAGCCAAAGUUUGCCGCACGCCUCAGCGAGCGCCUCAACAACCGCCCGCUGUCGUCCUCCUCCAUCUGCUCCACCUCGUCCAGCUCCAGUUCGGGAUCCGAUCAGCUGCUCCACGGGAAGCACGCUGCCACCUCGUAUCUGGCGAGUGUGGAGAGUCUGGCGGAGAGCGAGAAUGAGCUAGGGGAUCCCCACCACCAUCAUCCGCACCACACGGUCUCAAUGAGUGUCCUGGAGCGGGCUAGCCUGGAGAUCAUCGACUCGGAGCGCAGCUUUGUCGAGGACCUGGGCCAGGUCAUCAAGGGAUACCUUCUGGAUUGGAAGGAGCGUGCCUGUCUGCGUGUGAGCGAAUUGCAAAUACUCUUUGCCAACAUUGAAGAGAUUUACGAAUUCAACUCGAUGCUGCUGCAGCGACUGAUCAACUCUGGGAUGGAGCCGGGCAGGAUCGCCAGAUGCUUCAUAGAUAUGCGCGAUGGCUUUGAUGUGUAUACAACCUAUUGCACCAGCUACCCGGAAGCCAUCUCGCUGCUGACCAAACUGCUGCAGGCAACGCACACGAACUCCCUGCUGGCCUCCACGCAGAAGAUGUUGCAGCACCGUCUGCCCCUGGGCUCCUAUCUUUUAAAGCCAGUGCAGCGCAUCUUGAAGUACCAUCUGCUCCUCGACAGCCUGCGCAAGCACUGCGAUGUCAAGGAGGUGGCCGAGGCCUAUGCGAUCAUGCGCCAGGUGGCGCACAACAUUGACCAGGUGAAGCGCAAGCAGGAGCAGCACAGCCGCGUCAAGGAGCUGUCCGGCAUACUGGACGGCUGGCUGGGUCCGGAGCUGACCGUUUUGGGGGAGCUGCGCCAGGAGGGCCUCCUAAUGGAGCAGCACAACAAGUCGCGUCUGGUGCUGCUCUUCGCCACCAUGCUGAUCAUCACCAAGCAGAAAGAGGACGGACGUCUGCAGUUCAAGACCUACAUACACCAAAACAAUCUGAUGCUGAGCGAACACUUGCCCGGGGAGCCGACCAGCUUCUACGUCAUACCCUUCGAUGAGCCGCGCAAUCAAAUCAAGCUGACGGCCAGAAAUCGUGACCAGAAGCGUAUCUGGACGCAGCACAUUAAAGGUGUCAUGCUGGAGAAGCUUGACAUACCCAUGCGAGCCAAGGAGCUCGUCUAUCAGCUGGGUAACGAGGAAGAUCGCACGCCGGACCGCAGCACGUGGAAGUGGAGUCUCCACUCCAGCAGCAACUCCACGCCCACGUAUCUGGAGCGUCGCAACGCAUGUCGGCGAAGCGAGAUCCGCCAGCGCAACUCCAAGGGCAAGCGCAAGACGGUGAGCAAUUCCACCUCCUUCGAUAGCUCCUUCAACGAGUCCCUGGAGCUGGACCAAAACCAAAACCAGAACCAGAGCGCGCAGCAGGAGUCCAAGGCCUCCAAGCCCUCCAAGCCGCUGUCACGCAACAACAGCCUGGACGACACGGCCCUGCAGAAGCUGGCCGCCGCGAUGCGGUAUCGCAAGCGGGAUGGAUCUGGAAAGGAGGUGACCAAGUCCCCGGCAAAGGAGGCGUGCAAGUGUCAGCAGGAGGAUCAUCAGGAUCAGGCGGACCAGUGUCUUUGCAUUCUGCGCGAUCAACGUAGUCGCAGUGCCAAGUCGCAGUCGCCAGUCUUUAGCUACAAGGCGCUCAAGGAACGCAGCAAGUCUGUGCCACGCAUCGGCGGAUUCAGCCUGGACGAAGAGGCAGAGCAGGAUCAGGAGCAGGACGAUGACAGCGCCGCCUCCUUGCGGGGCAGCAAGCCCGAUCUGAGCGAACGCAAGGCCAAGGCCAAGGGCUUCUUCGAGGUGAAGCAAUACAACAACAAGACCAUGCCCAAGCGGAUAGCCACACUCAAGAAGCAGCGCACCAACAGCAAGAGCUGCUCCAAGUUCUACAUGGAUCUCAGCGAAUUCGACAGCAGCAGUUCCACCGUCCUGAAAAUAACCGAGUCCACGGAGGAGCUGCGGCCAGAGCAGGACAUAGAACUGGCCAAGGAGGCAGAGACGUUAAACGAGCCAACGUCCGAUGUGGUGGACCACGAUCACGAUCAGUAUUACAGCAACCAGGAACUGCUGUCGCCGGCGGAGAAGUCCAAGCGUGAUGCCCAGAUUGUACUCGAUCUUCUCAAGAACACCAAGGAGUUCGAGCGCAUCUACAACAAGCAGCAGAAGCGACGCGAGAGUCCUGUCAGCCCCGUCAGUCCAUUGUCCCCCAGCCAGGAUCUCAGUCGAGUGCCUGCCCUACCGCCACGGCCACCGUCUCGCUCCCCUCCGCCGCUGGAGCUGGAGGAUCAAGCCAAGCGACGGGCCGAGCUCGAGGAGCCCAUCUACGAAACCUUGCUACGCAACGUCCAUGUCCCGUACAAGUUCUCCCCCGUCCUAGGUCGCGCCAAGUCCGCCCAAAUGCUGAAGAAGCGAAGCAAGACAACAUCGGCCGCCCCGCGUCCAGAGUCGGAUUACGUGACCUUGGUCUACUCGCCGGAGGGCGUGCUCCAGAGGGUGGGCGAGGAGGCAGUGCAACGGGACAGCUGUGGCUCGGAUGCCACGUGUUCCAGUUCCUCCUCCGGUUCCACCCUGAAACGGGACAGCCAGAAUACGGUGAUCAACCUUUGCCUAGAGGAUCAGGCAGCCCUCUACGCCCGCCCCAUACCAAAGAACCUAAUGAAGCGCCUGCUGAGCGGCGCCAACGGAGAGGGAGGCCCAGGCCACGAGAACGUGUCCAAUUCGGAGAGCUCCCUGCUGCCGCGUGCCCUCAAGUCCAUCGAUAACCUGACCCUGGCCUUUGGCCGCUCCAACCGCCCGCCGGAGCGACGUGUCUCCGAUGUGAGCGAGAUGUGCCGCCAGAGCGUGCUGCAUCGGCAGGGCAGCGAGGCGUUGGGCGAGCGAAUGGCCCACGUCGACUACGCGGACCCCAAGACCCUGUUCAGCCUGAUGGCCAUGGUCAACUCAGAGCGCGACUCUGUCUUCUCGCUGACCUCCUCCUCCAGCGACAGCAUGUGCGAGCAGCAGCGCAAGCGGUCCGUGGCGGAGCCACCGCCCACCAAUUUCGAGUACGAGCGCCAGGUGGAGGACAGUCUGGAGAAUGAUUUCCGCGACUCGGCCAUCUACAGUGAUGACAACGAGAAGCGCAGCGGCGACUACGACCUCAGGAGACCCACCAGCCCUCCUCCGCCACCACCACUCGGUCCACGACCCACCCCACCACCGCAGAUAGCCCCGAAGCCACCGAAGGAUGCCGUGCAUGAGCUGCUGUCCCACGCCCACCAGCACUCGCUCAAAAGAGGAGUCGUCGUCUGUCAGGCGGCAUCGCGCAGCUGGGUCCUCCAGCAGAUCGAGAACUUUAACAAGUAGGGUAAAGCCUGCAGGACACGAGACCCAUUGCCAUAAGCACAAUUCCUUUGUAAUAUCCAUCUGUACAGUACAUAAGCAAAUGCUAAUCUUAAAGAUACUACCUUUAGUCGACUGUUUUAUAAAUAGAUUGUAGAUUGUAGCAGAGUCAUUAAAUAAAAAUCUUAAUCACA